AUGAAUUUUUCACCUGGUACAGUGCAAAUUUUACAAUUCAUUCAAAAUGAUUGGAAGUUAAUAUUGAUUUUAACUCUUCUAAUAUUUAUUUACUACUACUACACAAAUACAUUUGAUUAUUUUGAAAAAAGAGGUGUUCCGUUUAAGAAACCUGUUAUUUUUCUUGGAAAUCUUGGACCGCGUUUGAAAGCCGCAAAGUCGUUUCACCAAUACCAAUUGGAUAUCUACCAAUAUUUCAAAGGUCAUCCAUACGGCGGUACCUUUGAUGGAAGACGUCCAGUUCUACAUAUUUUAGAUCCUGAGCUUAUUAAAGCUAUAAUGAUCCGGGAUUUUGAUCAUUUUACUGACCGUAACACUUUAAACAGUAUGGAACCACGAUAUCUGAGUCGGUCUUUGCUGAAUUUAAAGGGCUUAGAAUGGAAAGGCGUUCGCAGCACAUUAACACCUGCCUUCAGCUCAUCACGCUUAAAAAAUAUGAUUCCACUCAUACAACAGUGUUCUAAGCAGAUGGUCGAAUUUCUCAAGAAAUUUGAUGGGAAAGAAAUUGAAAUGAAACAAACAAUGGGUCAUUUCACAUUAGAAGUUAUCGGUGCUUGCGCAUUUGGCAUUAAAUGCGACGCUUUGAGUAAUGAGAAUUCACGAUUUGUUAAAGUCGCAGAAAAGUUCGACUACAUGCCCAAAUACAAACGAGUUAUAUUACUCAUGUUAUUAGUAUUUAUGCCUAAAAUGAUCAGAUACCUCCGGCUAUCGUUUCUGAAUAUUGAAUAUACCGGAGAAUUAGUGAGAAUGCUACAAGCAGCCAAAGCUGAAAGACGAUCUUCAGAGUCAAAGAAAGGAGACUUCCUACAGAUUCUUAUUGAUUUCGCUGCAAAAGAAACUGCGCAAAACGAUACGGCUAAACGGGAAAUACUUCUGGACGAUGAUACGAUCGAUGCACAGAGCCUGUUAUUCUUGAUAGCUGGAUACGAGACUUCCAGUACCCUGCUAUCGUUCGCUAUCCACGUACUGGCCACUAAACCUGAUUUGCAAGAGACCCUGCGUGCUCACGUUCAAGAAAUGACAAAGGGAAAAGAAUUGAGCUAUGAAUUGUUGUCGCAAAUGGAUUACCUAGAAGCAUUCCUUCAAGAAACUCUCCGCAUAUAUCCGCCAGUGGCUCGAGUGGAUCGUAUCUGUACGAAGCCCUACAUAAUUCCAGGAACGACAGUACAUGUAGGUGUCGGUGAUGCUGUAGCCAUCCCCGUGUACGGUUUGCACAUGGACGAGGAUAUAUAUCCGGAACCAAGAGAAUUCAAGCCGGAACGAUUCAUGGACGAUCAGAAAAAAGAUAGGCCUUCACAUUUGUACCUGCCUUUUGGUGCAGGACCUAGAAACUGUAUAGGCUUAAGAUUCGCCAUGAUAUCCGCGAAAAUAGCAAUGGUCGCAUUAAUGAAAAAUUUCAAAUUUUCUGUGUGUUCAAAAACAAUGGAUCCCAUUGAUUUCGAUAAGAGAGCUGUUUUGCUGAAAUCAGCCAAAGGAUUGUGGGUUCGUAUUGAAUUAAUUGAUCUUUCCUAAUUACGACACGAAUAGAAUUGUGGUGUAGGUUAAUGAUAGAUAACAAACACGGGGUAAAACAAGGUUUAGAAUAAAAAUACCAGUAUUCCUAUUAAUUACGAGUAUCGUGUAAUAUGUAAUUAUGAUAAUAUAAACUUGCCAUUUUAAUAUGAAUGUAACAAAAGAGAUUGUGAUAAAGAACAAACUAUAUAAGUAAUUUAUUUUCUCACUGUAUUAAUAAUAGGAAAUCUAUAUUUCUUACAGUAUUCCUAUUAAUUACGAUUAUCAUGUAAUAUGUAAUUGUGAUAAUAUAAACUUGCCAUUUUAAUAUGAAUGUAACAAAAGAGAUUGUGAUAAAGAACAAACUAUAUAAGUAAUUUAUUUUCUCACUGUAUUAAUAAUAGGAAAUCUAUAUUUCUUACAAUUUAAGAAUUUUUAUUUUGUAUAAUUAUAGGAUUAGGUAGAGGGAUUUAUUUCAAAUGUUUGAACGGUGAUAUUACAUUGUUUAUUACUUUAUUUUUAUUAUCCUUAACGUUGAAAUUGACUUAAUGGGUUUUUAAUGAAACCGUGACGUUAAGGCAAGUACCAUAUUGUAUUUAGCUAUACGGGUGACGUCAUCACAUUUAUUUCAACUUUAUUUCCUUC